GUGGGGGAGAGAGAGGAAAAGAAGGGGGGACGCGACCGUCGUUAGGUCAAAAUGUCGAUUCAGUACGAGGUGGAACAGCUGGCGGACAGCUACGGGGUGGCGGACUCCUUCCCUAAAGAUUUCGGUUACGGCGAAGAGGAGGCCGACAUGGAGGACAGCCCGGCGCCGUCCGACAGCAAACCCAGAAUCCUGCUCAUGGGUUUGAGGAGAAGUGGGAAAUCGUCCAUCCAGAAGGUGGUGUUCCACAAAAUGUCUCCCAAUGAGACUUUGUUCCUGGAGAGCACCAACAAGAUCUACAAGGACGACAUCUCCAGCAGCUCCUUUGUCAACUUCCAGAUUUGGGACUUCCCGGGUCAGGUCGACUUCUUCGACCCCACCUUCGACUACGAGAUGAUCUUCAGAGGAACCGGCGCUUUGAUAUUUGUCAUCGAUGCUCAGGAUGAUUAUGUGGAGGCCCUGGGCAGGCUUCACCUCACUGUGUCCCGGGCCUACCGAGUCAAUCCAGAGAUCAACUUCGAGGUGUUCAUCCACAAAGUGGACGGCCUCUCCGACGAUCACAAGAUCGAAACCCAGAGAGACAUCCAUCAGAGGGCCAACGACGACCUGGCAGACGCCAGCUUGGAAAAGCUGCAUCUCAGCUUUUACUUGACGAGUAUUUAUGACCACUCCAUCUUUGAGGCCUUCAGCAAAGUGGUGCAGAAGCUCAUCCCUCAGCUCCCCACUCUGGAGAACCUCCUCAACAUCUUCAUUUCGAACUCGGGGAUCGAGAAGGCCUUUCUGUUUGACGUGGUCAGUAAGAUCUACAUCGCCACCGACAGCUCUCCUGUCGACAUGCAGUCCUACGAACUGUGCUGUGAUAUGAUCGACGUGGUCAUCGACGUCUCCUGCAUCUACGGUCUGAAGGAGGACGGCAGCGGCAGUGCCUACGACAAGGAGUCCAUGGCCAUCAUCAAGCUCAACAACACCACGGUGCUCUACCUGAAGGAGGUCACCAAGUUCCUGGCGCUGGUCUGCAUCCUGCGGGAGGAAAGCUUCGAGCGCAAAGGAUUAAUAGACUACAACUUCCACUGUUUCCGGAAGGCCAUCCAUGAAGUAUUUGAGGUGGGCGUGUCCACCCAGCGGCGCUCUGGCUCCCAGGCGGUGGGCUCGCCGUGCACCAAGGCCGUCGCCCUGAACGGCACGCCGCGCAACACGGUCUGAACACUGAUGCGACGUUUAAAAAAAGGAAAAAAAAGAAAAAAAAGAUGGAGACUGGCCACAGAGAAGAGAGACGACUUAACUGGGGGCUCACGCCAACCUCAAUCCCUUUGCCCCCCCCCCCAGCAACCACAGUACUGUGAGACGGUGACACGGCACUGGAGCGCCGCGGGGUCCGGCCUCUCGAGCUCCGACGGAAAGGGAAAUUCAAGCGGUGCCGUGCAUUUCGGUGAAUGCACGGCACCGUGUUGGCCGCAAGGAAGUCAAAGAGCGUCACGCUGCACCCGCACAGGGAAAGGUCCGGCAACCCUUUUCCGAACGCGGCCAAAAGGCCGCGAUGAUAAGCUGCUCGUCCCUCUUUACCGACGAUGUGAGGAGGGCAAACAAACCCGCGUCGCCGCCUCUCGCUCACGGACGACCGCUGCGGUCGGUCUGCAGGAGGCCGUCUCGCGAGGAACCCACCCCGACCGCUCCUGUGCCGACUGAGAACUCAAACGAAGGUGGGCGUGAACUUCUCGUCCCCGACGUGUUCAGAGACGGCCUUAUGUCGACGGACUCUCGGCACCACUCGCCUCGCGCUCCCUGAAUGCUGCCCAAAACUCGCUUUUUGGUUUCACUCGUGAAGUUUCGUGAGCAGACUGAAAAGGGAUUGUGUUGUCCCCCGAACUUGGUCUUGUGUGUGUGUGUGUGUGUGGGUGAACGUGUGUGUGUGUGCGUGUGUGUGUGUCAAGGAAAGGUUUUAAUUGGAUCCCAUUCUCGGACCGUUACAGAAAGAGUUGAUGUCCUCCUCCUCAAUAACCGAAGCUCAGCGUAAUUAAACUCUUUGCAGUCAGUGAAAGUAACUUCACUGUGAAUUACACUUUUUUAUUAAGUUUGUGAUGGUUUUGUAAGAAACACAUAUUUGGUCGGCGAUUUGGAAACUCGUCUUUGCAAAAGCACCGCCGAGAUGAUUGAGGAGCUCCGUCGACGCGAUGAGAACUCGUCACGAUGUUCGUCGCCAUCUGAGAAGGACAAGAAUUCGGAUGAGACGCCGGACUGGGGACCUCCACAUCGUCCGUCUGAGACAUUUUGGGAUGACGAUGCUAUGAAACGUGCAUGUCUUUCCCCACCUACAGUUUCAGUCCUGCUCAAAACGACUAACCCAUGUUGUGUAUUUAGUUUGGCUCUGUUCGGCCGGAUCCUCCAGAACAAAAUGUACCCAUUCCAAGCAUGCCUCCGUGGACGCGUUGUCAACCUUUACACUGCUCGUUGUUCAAAGGUGAGAAAGUGAAGCUAACCAAGACAAUUGAGAGCAUACAUAUAUAUACAAGGAGGGAAGAAGACCAAAUUUAUUUUACUUUUGCCAUUACAAUGAGAUGCAAUAUGUUCAUGCCUGUGUGUUUUAUUUCAGGGGUGAGAUGUGGGAACUCUGGCUGCUCCUAAAGAACAGGAACCCGACUCGCGAAAAAGCCGCAGUGACGAGUUUUCUUUAUACGUUUGCUGAGUAAAACGCGAAACGUUGGGGAUUUUACUCGGCAAAUAUAUUUUUGUAACUCUGUGACUUUGCUCCUUGAAAACCGGCUCGAGCUGUUCUCAACCCGGUCAUUGUCAGUGAGCAGAAAAUAAACACUUUGCACAUCAGAACUGUGAUGGAUGAUUGAUUUUCAUGUUUUGUGAUGUGACAUAAAUGAGAAUUUAAAUUUU